CCUCUCGCCCCUGUCUCCGGCCAACCUCAAUCGAUCCCGCAACGACAACGUUGGCGUUGGGAACCGAGUGGAGACUAGCUAGUGAAGACCAGAGGCAGACAUGGCGAGAUCACUGGCGCACGCGACGCUGCUCCUCGUCGUUGCCGUCGUGGCGGCGGCGGCCUGCUGGACCACGGCGGCCGGCGAGAACGAGGAGGUGGCGGAGAUAUGCAAGAAGACGUCGUACCCGGAGGUGUGCAUUGCCACAGCGGGGAAGCAGGCGUCCAAGUACGGCGCCGCCGUGGACCCGCUGGCGGUGCUCAACAUGCAGGUGGACGCGUUCGCGCUGCGCACGGAGGCGGCGCGGAAGCACCUGACGGAGGCGGUGAAGACGGCGACGCCGAAGGCGGCGAAGGCGCUGGACCUGUGCGACAGCCUGUACCUGGACGUCGAGGACAACCUCGGCGCGGCGCGGCGCGCCAUCGGGUUCAAGGACGCCGUCACCAUCCGCGCCAUGAUGGGCAUGGCGGCGCAGGACAUGCAGGGCUGCGACGAGCAGUUCAGGAAGGUCGGCGAGAAGAACCCCAUGGACCACUUCAACCGGUCCCUCCUCGAGAUGUCCGAGAUCUGCCGCUCCCUCUCCAACAUGAUCUGAUCGAUCGCUCUCGCCGCCCGCCACCGUGCCGGCGCGCGCACCGCGCACGCGUGCCGCCGGCCGGCGACCCUUUGCGUGAGAGCGAGCAAGCGCGCUCCAGCAGCGCUGGUGAUUGAAGCUUCUCUUUUUAAUUUGUUUUCUUUCGCUUCUUUUUUUUUAACGAUCUUGUUUUCUUAGUGAAAAAUGUGUUAACUUGUAAUUGUUGGUCUCGGGAAAGAGAAGGCACAUUCAAGAGGGUCUUCUAAUUUUGAAUGGAAAUGUUGUUGAUUCUUUUUUGUUGUAAUUUAUCCUUGAUGUCAAAAUGUGCAUGAGCAGUAUAUUGAAGUGUAACAGCGACUAAAUUAAAUGUAUACUUUUGUAGCACCAUUAUAUAUAAAUAAAGAUUUUUGUAUAUUUGCAA